AAGCAAAAGCAAAGUAACGUUCCCAGGGCUACUCUGCGCUCAGAAAAAAGCGAGAAGAUUAGCCCUGGGAACGAGGUUCUUUGAACAGCAGGGACAUUCUUUGAAGGUUCUUUGAUUGUUGGUUGUAGAAACAAGAUGGUGGAUGUUCUGUUAGGUCAUUUCGUCCAUGACUAGGCCAUACAGCUUAGCCAACAUAAAUUGACCACCUUUGAUAGCUUGUCCAAGCCAUUUUGAUAAGUAGUCAAGAAGAUAUAUCGCMAACAAUAUGCGAGGGUUUUCUGUAGCAUUUCAUGCUGGCGCUGCCGUCGCCAUUGGAUGCGUUGUUGUUUUAAAGCAGCGAAGCCAAGUUUCUUGUGAGGUUGACACAUCUAUCUAUGGAGAACCAAAACGUCUAUACAAGGCUUUUACACAGCAACAAAACACUUCAACAUUAAAAUCUGCGAUUAGAGAAGCUCAUGAUUAUUUGCAGCAAGUAAAGGAAGAAACUGGGACUCCUGGUCUUGCUGUAGCUGUCAGUGUGGAUGGGCAGAYGGUUUGGAGUGAAGGGUUUGGUUUUGCUGAUGUUGAGAACCACGUUCGCUGUAUUCCAGAUUCUGUUAUGAGAAUUGCUAGUAUUAGUAAGCCUUUGACUGCCCUUGCUGUUGCUAAAUUAUAUGAAGAAAAGAAACUAGAUGUUGAUGCACCAGUGCAGCAGUAUGUACCAGCAUUUCCACUGAAGUAUUUCAAUGGGAAACCUGUUACCAUAACAACACGUCAUCUACUAUCACACCUUGGUGGUAUACGUCACUAUAGUUACAUAUCUUUACCUCAAGAAAACCUGGAAAAGACCAAACAAAUGAGCAAUGAUUCAGCAAAGACAGAUGAAAAAAAGGAAAAUGGUAAGAAAGGAAAAGAAGASGACAAACACCCUGAUACUAAGCCACCCGAAUUCUACAUUAAGGAACCAAAAACCAUAAWAGAGUCGCUUGCUAUCUUUCAAGACGAUCCCUUGGUGGGGGAGCCGGGUGAGAGUUAUCUGUACACGACCCAUGGAUACACGCUGAUUAGUGCUGUGGUUGAAUCGGCUGCAAAACAAGACUUCUUGUCUUACAUGAAGACGAUUUUUAAACAAAUGGAAAUGAACAGCACCGGACCUGAAAUGAACGAUAAAAUAACAUAUAAUAGAGCAAGGCAUUAUGACCGUGGUAAGAAAAAUGGCUUGGUUAACACACCGUAUGUUGAUAACUCAUACAAGUGGGCUGGAGGAGGAUUUGUUUCUACHGUUGAAGACCUUAUUAAGUUUGGCAAUGCCAUGUUGUAUGCUUACCAAGUUAAGGAUGAUUAUGAAGGUGACAAGGUAUUAUUGCCUGGAAUUGUGAAGCCAGAAACAAUACAAGAAAUGUUCAAACGAGUGGAUAAAAAUGAAGGCAUUGCACAUAAGAAUGGCUGGUAUGGWUGGGGUUGGCAUGUAAUACCACAGAAGCAAUCUUAUGGAGCAUGUCAAAAACAGAGGGAGACUAUUUACCACACAGGAUCGGCUGCUGGAGCAUUGUCUAUACUUCUUUUGCGACCUGAUAGUCAUAGAGAUGUCUCUACCCUACCCCCCAAGGGAAUUGUAGUGUCAAUUAUCAUGAAUAUACAGACUAUUUCCAAAAGCUUGCUGGUAACAGCUGACCAURUUGCAGAUAUAUUUGAAAAGAACCUCCAGUCUGGGCAAGAUGGUAUACAAUAAUUUGCAAUUUCACAAUUUUGCUUCUUUUUUAGAAAUUUUAUCAGAGAUCCAAAUUACCCAAAUAGUGAAAUAUAAUGACAUGACCAGUCUAACUGGUCACCUCUGACUCAAGAUUUUUUACGCCUUUUUCAUGUUCUCCCAACAUCCCAUGUGUUUUAUUUCACCAGGAACGUAUGGAAAUGUGUUGUUUAUUGUUAAAGUAUUCCUUAGGGGUAAAUUCAACAGUAAUCUUUCAAUGUUCACUCGUCAUUAUUUUAUUUGAGAGGUUUUCAAAUAUUGAAGACAAUCAUACAACAUGUCUAAAAAUAAAACUCUUAAUAUUUUAAAUAACAAAGUGACCUGGAAAGGAUGGUAUUUUACAGGGUUCUCGGUAGAAAUUAAAGUAUACGUCAAAAUAGGAAAAGUAGUCAUCAAAACAGCCAAAUAAUUUGCGAAUAAAUUYGUAAGUAGCAGGCGAUAACUAAGCUAUAUAACUGGCRGUUUUCACUGCACGCCAGCUUCCACUGAGAACCCUGAUUUUAUGGGUUUUAAUAAUACAGUAAGUUUUCACCUUACUGUCUUGAAUAGCCCUUUUCAUGGUUAGAAAACAAGUUGCGUGAGAAGUCUGUGGUUUUGAAUAAUUUUGGAACAGAACAAAUGAGUGCAAACACAGAACGCAURAAAUAGUUUAACURAUGAUAU